AAACAGCCGCGAGAGCAGCGGCCGCGGCGGCCGCCAGCGCGCCUUCCCCUCCCGCGCUCCCGCGUCGCCCCCGCCCUCGGCACCUCGUCCCCGGGCCGCGCGCCCGUGCUCCGGCCAGCGUUCUCUCCCGGCCUCCCGGGCCCGCCGCCCACUCCCGCGUCUCCGAGCCCUUCAACCGCCGCUGUCUCCCUGGGCGCGCGGCCCGCCGCCUGCUUCCGGGGCGGGCGGACUGGGCGCCUGGUGCCGGCGGCCGCAGCGACAGCGCCCCCGGGAAGCAGAGGAGGAAGGAGAGAAGAGGUGGAGGUGGCCGCAGGCUGAGUCGCGGCCGGGAUGUCCGGGCAGCCGCCGCCGCCGCCGCCGCCGCAGCAGCAGCAACAGCAGCAGCAGCAGUUGUCGCCGCCACCGCCGGCGGCCUUGGCCCCAGUGUCCGGAGUCGUCCUGCCGGCGCCCCCGGCCGUCAGCGCCGGCUCCUCUCCAGCCGGCUCGCCCGGCGGCGGCGCGGGCGGCGACGGCUUAGGGGCCGCGGCGGCCGCCCUGCUCCUCCACCCCCCGCCGCCGCCGCCCCCGGCCACCGCGGCCCCGCCGCCCCCGCCGCCGCCCCCGCCGCCACCUGCCUCAGCGGCCGCCCCCGCCAGCGGGCCCCCCGCGCCCCCGGGCCUUGCCGCGGUCCCCGGCCCGGUCGGAGGCGCCCCGGCCCCAGCUCUGGUGGCGGGCAGCAGCGCCGCGGCCCCCUUCCCGCACGGGGACUCGGCCCUGAACGAGCAGGAGAAGGAGCUGCAGCGGCGGCUGAAGCGCCUCUACCCGGCCGUGGACGAGCAGGAAACGCCGCUGCCUCGGUCCUGGAGCCCGAAGGACAAGUUCAGCUACAUCGGCCUCUCUCAGAACAACCUGCGGGUGCACUACAAAGGUCAUGGCAAAACCCCAAAAGAUGCAGCGUCAGUUCGAGCCACGCAUCCAAUACCAGCAGCCUGUGGGAUUUAUUAUUUUGAAGUAAAGAUUGUCAGUAAGGGAAGAGAUGGUUACAUGGGAAUUGGUCUUUCUGCUCAAGGUGUGAACAUGAAUAGACUACCAGGUUGGGAUAAACAUUCAUAUGGUUACCAUGGGGAUGAUGGACAUUCGUUUUGUUCUUCCGGAACUGGACAACCUUAUGGACCAACUUUCACUACUGGUGAUGUCAUUGGCUGUUGUGUUAAUCUUAUCAACAAUACCUGCUUUUACACCAAGAAUGGACAUAGUUUAGGUAUUGCUUUCACUGACCUACCGCCAAAUUUGUAUCCUACCGUGGGGCUUCAAACACCAGGAGAAGUGGUCGAUGCCAAUUUUGGGCAACAUCCUUUCGUGUUUGAUAUAGAAGACUAUAUGCGGGAGUGGAGAACCAAAAUCCAGGCACAGAUAGAUCGAUUUCCUAUCGGAGAUCGAGAAGGAGAAUGGCAGACCAUGAUACAAAAAAUGGUUUCAUCUUAUUUAGUCCACCAUGGGUACUGUGCCACAGCAGAGGCCUUUGCCAGAUCUACAGACCAGACCGUUCUAGAAGAAUUAGCUUCCAUUAAGAAUAGACAAAGAAUUCAGAAAUUGGUAUUAGCAGGAAGGAUGGGAGAAGCCAUUGAAACAACACAACAGUUAUACCCAAGUUUACUUGAAAGAAAUCCUAAUCUCCUUUUCACAUUAAAAGUGCGUCAGUUUAUAGAAAUGGUGAAUGGUACAGAUAGUGAAGUACGAUGUUUGGGAGGCCGAAGUCCAAAGUCUCAAGACAGUUACCCUGUUAGUCCUCGACCUUUUAGUAGUCCAAGUAUGAGCCCCAGCCAUGGAAUGAAUAUCCACAAUUUAGCAUCAGGCAAAGGAAGCACCGCACAUUUUUCAGGUUUUGAAAGUUGUAGUAAUGGUGUAAUAUCAAAUAAAGCACAUCAAUCAUAUUGCCAUAGUAAUAAACACCAGUCGUCCAAUUUGAAUGUACCAGAACUGAACAGUAUAAAUAUGUCAAGAUCACAGCAAGUUAAUAACUUCACCAGUAAUGAUGUAGACAUGGAAACAGAUCACUACUCCAAUGGAGUUGGAGAAACUUCAUCCAAUGGUUUCCUAAAUGGUAGCUCUAAACAUGACCACGAAAUGGAAGAUUGUGACACCGAAAUGGAAGUUGAUUCAAGUCAGUUGAGACGCCAGUUGUGUGGAGGAAGUCAGGCUGCCAUAGAAAGAAUGAUCCACUUUGGACGAGAGCUGCAAGCGAUGAGUGAACAGCUAAGGAGAGACUGUGGCAAGAACACUGCAAAUAAAAAAAUGUUGAAGGAUGCAUUCAGUUUACUAGCAUAUUCAGAUCCCUGGAACAGCCCAGUUGGAAAUCAGCUUGACCCGAUUCAGAGAGAACCUGUGUGCUCAGCUCUUAACAGUGCAAUAUUAGAAACCCACAAUCUGCCAAAGCAACCUCCACUUGCCCUAGCAAUGGGACAGGCCACACAAUGUCUAGGACUGAUGGCUCGAUCAGGAAUUGGAUCCUGCGCAUUUGCCACAGUGGAAGACUACCUACAUUAGCUAUGCAUUUCAAGAGCUCACACUUAUAUUGUGGCAUAUAGUCAACAUGGAAGUAGACCAGCUCUGCUGAUUUGAAAUUUAGAUUUUUUAAAUUAUGUACUGGGGACAGGUUUUUGUCGCUUUACAUUGCUUCCUAGUUUACAGCAUGAUGCAAAUGAUUUUCUAACUUAGUGUUAGGAGAAAUUAUUUUCCAUCUUUAACCUCUUAGUUGUCUAAGAGUUAAAUAUUACUGAAUUUCAGACGUUCAAAUUGAUCAUCACAAAUCCUUUAAAACAAUUACCUAAAAGAAACCAAAAAUCCUGCCUUCUUUGUGGGGGAGGGGGGAGAGAGGGGAAGGAAAUGGAACAAGUUGUGUUUGUGUUAGCAUGUGGGUGAUGUAAACUUCAAAUUGGGAGAUGUUCCGACCCCCACUCCCAUAUAAGCAUUCAAUCAGUGUAACUUGCAAAAUGCAUAAACAUCCGACAGUUUGAAUUUAUAGUGUUGAUGGAAGAAAUCAUUUUUAAUGUGUACUGUAAAACUUGAAAUACUCAGGAGCUGAGUGAAUAUGUUUGUUGCUACUUACAAUCCCGACCUGUUAGUCCCAGUAGUUUUGUUUUAACAUGGUCUUUUUCAACUUUGUUUCCUGUUUAACUACAGAUGACUUCUGUUGUAGACUCACAAGUUUAACUGUUGUAUUAUAACAGUAUUACAUGUCAACGGUGUGGUUAUGACCUUUAUUUAUAUAAAAACCAAAUAUUUAGUCAAUUUACCGUGUCUUAAUUUAAUCUUUGUACACCUUCCAUUUUUAAGUGCUUAAAUGAGUACUAUAUUGCAAUAAAAUGUAGUGAUAUAAUUAACCAGCCAUUAAAAAUUUACUUCUACAGA